AUGAAGUCCUUCAUUGCUCUGUUCGUCGUCCUGGCCAUCGCUGCCGUCUAUGGUGCCGAGGAGUCGAAGGUGACCGAGAAGCGUGGAAUCUACGGCGGUCUCGGCUACGGCUACAACGGCUAUCCUGGUUUGGCCGGUCACGGUUACUACGGCGGUAUUGGCGGACUGGGAUACGGUCACGGACUCGGCUACGGAUCGCAGCUUGGCUACUAUGGAUCGUACCCAGGAUACUACGGUUCCCACUCCGGAUACCUGGGUGGCUACUCCGGCUACUCUGGCUAUCCGUACGGUCUGGGUUACGGACUCCACUAA